CCUGUAUCGUAUCCUUCGCGUUCAUUCACGGAGGUGCUUUCGAUACUUUCCUAGGGCAUUUGCGCUCCUGCCAUUACUAAACGAUGCUGCCUCCGCUGUCCCUAAUCGUAAUAACCAUUGUCUCUUUGGUACGCGCAGACGUCUUCCUGCAUAAGCAAUGCUGGCACGAGCAUCCAUUGUCAGCUGUCAACCUUCAAUGUUCGCGCGAAGCAGAAGUCGAUCAUAUCCAGUUUCCUAAUGCCGCUGUCUCAAAUGACCAAGACACCAACGUCCAAAUAAGUCAUAGGCCGUGGUCGUACCCACCAAUAUGUACAGAUGUCCUCCCAAGCAUCGGCAGCAGCCUGUGUAUCUACACAGAUACAUCCUUUAGCCACGGACGAGGGAUAUCUAUAUUCACCACGCCGGAGCUUGCCGAACGCGUAGUUCUCUUGCCACCUUUCCAGGACUCAGAGGCACUGCAAGGCAUCAACGAAUUCACCGGCACUUGGAUUACACAGGAGAUACCCGGUAAGGGUAUGGGCAUGCUCGCAAAAAGAAACCUGGUGUUCAAAGACAAGAUAACAGCAUACACACCUGCGCUACUAGCAUACCUAGAAACUGAUCUAUCCACUGCGGAACGUGAAAAGUUCUUCAAGCUUGCAGUCUCGCAACUACCUGAGGCUACACGAGAUAUGUAUCUGGGACUUGCGACUGUAUAUGGCUUGCCAGAAGUCAAAUACCAAGACGUAGUCAAGGCAAAUACGUUCCAGAUGGAGAUCGAAGGGCACAACCAUCUCGCCGUGUUCCCAGAGACCUCACGCCUCAAUCAUGCCUGUACACCAAACGCACAGUACUACCUGGAUCCAACGCUACUAACGCACUUCGUGCAUAUCACAAGACCUUUGAAGAAAGGCGAAGAAAUUACCAUUUCCUACACCUCACCCCUCGAUCCCACGCACACGCGGCAACAGCACCUGGAGCAGGGGUUCCACUUCCGCUGCACGUGCACCCGCUGCACCAACCACGAGCGGACUGAUGCUUCCCUGAAACAUAUCCAGGGCCUCCAAAGCGUUUUGAACGACUGGUCACCUUCAACAGUUGGAUUUCCCGGUCCGCAAUUAGCUGAGGAACUUCUCGACAUGUAUCGAGAUGAGGGCCUCCAAGGCUUCAUGGACGUCCCAUACGGCUUUGCUGCGCUCGCGUACAAUGCCGGUGGGGACGACGAGACGGCGGUAGAGUACGCGAAGAGAGCAGAAGAGUUGAUUUUGUUGAAGGAUGGAAAGUGGGCGUCGAAUCUGGCGAUGAUGAAGGAACUCUUGAGGGAUCCGAGGGGGCAUUGGAGCUUUGGUCGGAGGUUGGGUUGAAGUGUUGAAGAGGUGACGUAGUCUGCGAGAUCGCACGCUCACGCUCUUUCGAGCGGUCGCCUUUCCGUCAGAUUCUAUCUACGGCAUCGAUCUUUUCUGGCACGAUUGAUCCAACUGAGAGCAUGGACUUGCUCGACCCGCCAGCUCGAGAAAGUCUGAGCGUGUUCCACAUGAAUCUAUCCAGUGCACACAAAUAUAGCAUCCACCCCAAG